AUAGUUUAGGCUUAAGGACACUCAAUGUAACACACAUUGUUUUGAGAACAAUAGAAGGAGAAAAUGUUGGGGAUAGAUGAUGAACUGAAUGAGGAAAUGGAUAUGGAGAAGACGUCAAACCUCAAGUCUUCAAAAGCAGAUAAUCAAGAAGUCAUAGAUGAAAGCAGUAACCAUAGCAACAAAAAUACUCUGGGUGAAUCCUCAUUGAAUAAGAAGGAUGAAAAACAAGCAAUGUUAAACCUCCAAGAUUCAGAUUCAGACUCUGAUAUUGGCGUAACUAUGACUAGAAAGAAAAACACUCUGUGUAACAGCGACUCUGAAUCUGAAGAUGAUCUUAAUACAAAUACACCCAAGUCACCAUUUGGUGAAUCUGAAGGUGAAUCAAACGGUGCAACAACCACUCAACCGAAAGUUGAGAACCAGUUAAAUGGAGCUAAAAGCAAGAACUCUAGGUUUAAAAGUAAGAUUUUUAGCAGUGAUGAGGGAGAUAGUGAAGAUGAUACAAGAACGGGCCAAUCGUCAUCCCAAGUAUUAAAUACAUCUCUUGCUGGAGUGGGUAACUGUGAAUUGUUUGACGCUGAGAUGAGUGGAAGUGAAUCCAGUAACAAUGAAGAUGAAAACAAAACACUUAGCAGCAUGAAAGGUGCUUCUAACAAGUCAAGAUCCAGUGGGUCCAGUGGCAGUGGAAGUGAAGGAAGUAGACAUUCAGAUGAAGGCUACAACGACUCUGAUGAUGACCAGCCACAGCUUAGUGCUAAAAUGUUGAACCUCCUUAAAAAGGGUGCUGCUAAAGAUCCUAAUAAGAAGUCAUCCAGACCUCAGAGGCAGAAGCGUUCUGAGGUGAAUGCUAUACACAGUGAGAGUCAGAGGAUCGUGAGAGAAUCUAUGGCACACAUUCCCUACCACCAGCCCAAGCCAAUGUCCCUCUCUGAUAUACUAAAGAAGACGCAAGAAAGACAGCAGAAGUUUGGCAUAUGCAACAUGAGGAAACAGUCUGCAGUAGAGAUCAGAAGGCAGGAAGUGACACUGAGAAAACAAUGUAUGAAAGACUUAGAAGAAAAACAAAAACAAAAAGAGCGUUUAAAACUCAAGCGUAAAGCUGAGAAAUCAGAGAUAGCUGAAAAAUUAGUUCCCAAAUUAUCAAUACCUGAAAAGGAUCUAAUAAUAUUAGCUGAUCCAAAAGAUAAUGUAAACGAUCUCCCUGACUUGGAUUUAAGUAAACAAGUAUCAGAUCCUUUGAGAGGGGACUCUAUUCAACCUUCUAGUCAGAUUAAUACAGAAAACUCUGACCCAAACCAUAUCGAUACAAAUAGUAAUGGUGAUAAACAAAAUGAUGUUGAAGACUCAGGCUUUCUAUCUACACCGAUGGUCACUUCUGAGGAAUCCAAUGGACAUGAAAAUGAUGACAUUGAAAAUGAAAGAAAUGGUAUGGAUGAUACAAGUGUGGAUAAAAAGAUAACUGAAGAUGUCUCAACUGACAAUGUUAAAGAUGUCGAUAUAGAUGCUGGGAAAUCAGAGGAAAAGGAGAAUAAAGACUAUAGCAAUAUACUAGUGGUUCCAGAAAGUGUAGAAAUCGAUGAUGAAGUUAUCACUUUACAGGUCCCUAUGGAUGAUACUGACAAUAUUAAUACUGAGGAUGAAGUUUUAGAAACGAUAGCCAUUAAUGUGAAUGAAGACAAUGACAAAACAAAUAUUGAUACUGUAAAUGAUACUGAAGAAAAUGUAAUUGAUACACAACUUCAAUCUCAAACUUCAAAAACUCCAAAUAAGGGUAUGUUAAAUGCUGCUAAUCUAGAUUGUCGUCCUAAACUCAGCGGGGGCCCAGAUAUGGUAGUUGACCUUGACCUUGAUGAUCCUUCCCCAUCAAAAGUUGGAGUAUCAUCCCUCAUGGAUAGACUCAUGAAACAUUCUAAGAGAAAAACACCCAAGAAGAAAAAGAAUGAAGUCAUUGAGACUGUAACUAAGGAAGUAGAUGAAGAUGGCCGAGAGGAACUGAAGCUGAAUACCAUGACGAUCACUCUUGGUGAAGAUGAGGAAGAUACUAGCAACCCCAAGAUGAAAUUACCAGGUGCCAAGCUUGUGAAGCUGAAAGAGAAACUAGCAGCCACUAUGGCAGCCAAAAGGGCAGAGGCCAGGCAAAAGAGAGCUCAACUACAGGAAAUGGAUAAUGAAGAAGGAUAUGAGGAAGAAAAUGAUGCAAUAUUGGAUGAGGAUGCCGAACUUACUGACCAGACUGACACUGAUGGUGAAGUGGAAUAUGAUGAUGAAGAAGAGAUGGAGGAAAUGUAUGGAGGGCAUAAGAAGAAGAAGAAGCGCAGCAAGGAUGAGGUUGAGAAUCCAUUUCUUGACAAGGAGGCUGAGGCUGAUGAGGAAGAAGAGGAUGAGGACUGUGAUGCUGAUGAUGAGUCAGAUGAACAGAUGAAUCUUCACCUUGAUGUUGACCCAGAUGACAAUGACGAAAGCUCUGAAGAUGAAGACUCCAGCAGAAAGAAAUUAGUUAAAAGACCAGGAUUGAACAAAUCCAAGACACUUAACCUGUUUGAUGACAGUGAAGAUGAUGAUGAUGUCAUUGUGCCAAAGUCUAAACAACACAGGAACAAAGGAGAAAAGCCAUUUAAUUUGGGAAGUAAGAGAACAGAUCCCAAUGCAAGUGCAAGCAGCCUCGAUACAAGCUUCGAGUUUGAGGGUUCAAUUAUUCCCGGAGGUCAACCUGGCGGAGGAAUGAAGAAUUAUGGGAAGAAAAAUGGCCGUGGCACCCCAGAAAUGUUCACUCAAUUUGGCAAACCAGGUCAAGAUAGUAAUUCAAAGACAUCUAACAGUAGACUUGCUCAGUGUACGCUCCCCAUAGAAGACUCUCAAGACUUGUUCAACAGUCCCCUACAGUCUCAACAAGGGGAGAGUACUCCCAGGAAUCAACCAGAUACACAGGCUGACUUCCAUUUUGCCUUAGAAGAAGACACUCAUUCUCAGUUACUAGACUCUGAUGGAUUCUUGAGGUUAAAGUCAACAGCUAAGAAACCAGCAAAAAGGAGUUUACAUCUUGGAGACAGUGGCUCUCAGGACAUGAAUGAACUAAUAGGCUUGUGUUCUGGGAACUUCUCAGAAGCUACACAGAAAAAAACAACAUCAAAAGCUGCAGCAAAAUCCCUGUUUGGGGCCUCAGGGAUAGAUAAGGAGGACCAGAGCAUGGAUGAACUGAUCGGAUUGUGCUCAGGGAAUUUUUCAGAGGGAACUCAAAAUUUUGGAACACAAAAAUUUGGAACCCAAAUGAAAACCUACUCGAAACAGAGCCAAAAAGCUGAGGAAUCUGACAAUGAGAGUAAUGCAUCAUUUGAUAUUGGGGCAGGAACCUUAUCUGAUCAUGAUGACAGCAUUGUUAACAAAGAAAACAUCAAAAUACAGAAAAAUGACAUAUUUAGUGAUGAAGAGGGCAGUGAGAGUGACAACAACUCUAUUGAAGAUGCUGAUGAGAAUGAAGAUGAUGAAAGUGAAGAAGAAGAUGAUGAUGAAGCAAAACCAUUCAAAGGAUUAAUUAAAAAAGGGCGGAUUCGUGAAGAGUUCCUUGAGGGUGAGGCUGAGCUGUCAGGCAGUGAAGUUGAGAGUGACGAAAACCUGGACCUUGAUGAGAAUGAGGAUAUUAUGGAAGUGGAAGAGGGAGAUAAAGAUGAUGUUGGACCAGAGGAACAUCUAAGAGACCAAGUGGGCAGAGUUCAUUUGAAGACCAUCAUAGAUGAAGAUGAUCGUCAGAUCAAGUUGAUGCAGGAGAUGUACCUCCCUGAUGGCGACCUUUAUGCUGAGAAUGGUGGCAGGCAGAGACGCUUCCGAUGGGCAAAUAUAGAUUCCAACUCCCAGCAAGACCUUUUCAACCAUGAAUCUGAUCAGGAAGAUGAUAAUGAGGCUGAACAUGAGAAUGAGGCUGAAUGGCGAAUGAAACGUCUUGAGCGAGAAAAAUGGCUUGAAGAGCAACGGGAAAAGGAAGAAGACGCAGGAGAUGACAGUCAACUACUGAAACUUGGCAAGAUUAUUUUCAAACAGAAACAAAAGAGGGCACCAGCAGGUGAAACCUCCGAAGACCCCUCGAAAACAACCUCAGUGCCAAAAAAAGUAGAAAAUGUGCCCAAAUCACCAGCAACAAUGUUCAAGUUCUCACAAAAGAAGCAUGGUUCAUUCCUCAGCAGAGAUCAGAGUCUUCUUCAGAAGAUAGUGGGAAAGUCCAAGUCCGUGAGCAACCCCAAUGGUCCCCGUAAUUCUAAGAACUUUGUAUUUGCUGCUGUGUCACCCAAUGAGAAGGCAGCUGAGGAAAAGAAGCCGGCUGUGAAGAGAUCUAGCAGUUACAUGCAAUCAACACUAGUACAGCAAAUCUGUUUAUUCUAACACGAUAGGGACAUUAUAAG